AUGGAAAACUUCAAUGCCUUCCCCUCAAACACUAAUAAACCUUGUCAUGAUGUUGAAAAUACAUCAAGAUUCUUACAAGAUCAAAUGCAAGAUGGAGAAAUAUAUUAUCCAAAUACACAACAUGCAUCUCCACUUCAACAACCCCAACAAAUAAGUGAAAUGAAUUUUCAGUCCAAUGUAAGCCAAUAUACAAUUCCCUCUGUGACUUUUUCUAGUGUCCCCAUUGGAGUAAGUUCAUAUUCCGAAGAGUUAUUACAAGCACAAGAAUCUGAAAAUAGAAGGUCACAAGCCAGGAUAGCAAGAACACAUAGGAAAAUAGCACUGCAAAUGAGUAAUCUCAAGAAUACUUAUCCAUCAUUCACUCCCGAUAGAACUUCAAAAAAACUAAGGAAGAAGUUAUCUUCGGAGAGAAACAAGAGUAGUGAUGAAGAACAUAACACAAUUUAUACCUUAGAUAAUGUGAAACUUAGGGUUGUGUUGCAGAAAAUAUUAACUUGUAGUGAUGUUGGUGAUCAAGGAAGAAUAUUACUUCCAAAGAAAGAGGUGGAGGAAAAUCUACCAGGCCUUGCUACUAGAGAGGGAGUUCUCAUAGCAAUGAAAGAGGUUUAUUCGUAUACAGAAUGGAGAAUGAAAUACAGGUUUUGGGCAAACCACAAGGGUAAUAUCUAUCUCUUUGAUCAAUGUGAUGAAUUUGUGCAGAAAAAUUUGUUGGAAGCCGGAGAUCAGCUAAAUCUUUACCAAGAUGAACAAAAAAAUCUUGAGUAUUUUACCAUUAAGAAGAAAGAAAAACACACACCAGGACCUUGUAACAGCUACAUCUCAAUGACAUCAAAGACAACCGAAGAGGAAGACUCCUCUUUGCGGAUACUUAUGGAAGAACUCGAGCAUAAAGAAGUGGAGGAACCUAACACACUCAAUAGUUUAUACAACACUAGUGGUUUUUUCCCUUAG